GUUUCUACCCAAGACCCAAGUAGCACCCAAACACAAGCUUUCCUUUUUCUCCCGUCUCACUUUUCUUCGAUUACUCUCUCUCUCUUUAGAAAACUAACAAAAAAUUCUCUAAGAUUUGCAUUUCGUCACUUAAAUUUUGAGUCUUUAGAUCGAAGUCUAUCAAAUUGAAGCGACCGGAGGUGGAUUCUGAUCGAUUAAUCGGGCGAAUUAGAGGCAGAAGUACAAGAAUUCAAUCGAAUGAGUGAAAUUAGGGUUUCUGAUUUUUGAUUGGAGAAUUGGUGGAAUUGUUUUCGGUGGGAUUGAUGGUAGGGUUAAGAAGGGAAAAUGCAGGAAAAAGGCUAUUAUGCAUGGCCGGAGCGUAUCUGAGCAAAGGAAAAUCGGAGGUGGAGACCGCCGGCACAUGUGGACAGAUUCCACUCGUGCUGUAAGCUCAGCUGCUGCUUCGUAUUCUUCUUCUAGUUCUUCAAGUAUUUCAUUUCUAAAGGAUGGCCGUAGGAUCAGCGUAGGAGAUUGUGCUCUGUUCAAACCACCACAAGAUACCCCUCCUUUUAUCGGAAUAAUUCGUUGGCUGAGUACUGGUAAAGAGAACGAGCUAAAGCUAACUGUGAAUUGGCUUUAUCGACCAGCUGAAGUUAAGCUCGGCAAAGGCCUCCUUUCGGAAGCUGAGCCGAACGAAGUAUUUUAUUCGUUUCAUAAGGAUGAGAUUCCUGCUGCAUCCUUACUCCAUCCGUGUAAAGUUGCCUUCCUUCCUACAGGUCUUGAACUUCCAUCGGGGUUUUGCGCAUUUGUUUGCAGGCGAGUUUAUGACAUUACUAACAAGUGUUUAUGGUGGCUAACUGAUCAAGAUUAUAUUAAUGAGCGGCAAGAAGAAGUAGAUCAGCUAUUGUGUAAGACACGUAUAGAAAUGCACGCAACAGUGCCGCAUAGUGGGCGUUCGUCAAAGCCAAUGAAUGGUCCGACAUCAACUUCACAGGUAAAGCUAGGUUCAGAUAGUGUACAAAACAGUGCCUCAUCGUUUCCAUCUCAAGUUAAGGGAAAGAAAAGGGAACGGGGCGAUCAGGGAACUGAUUCUGUAAAACGAGAACGUUAUUCAAAAUUAGAUGAUGGUGAUUCUGGGUACUUUAGGUCUGAAAGCUUUUGGAAAUAUGAGAUUGCUAAAUUUACCGAAAAAGGAGGGCUUGUUGAUUCUGAAGGUGUUGAGAAAUUUGUGCAACUUAUGCUUACCGAGAGAAAUGAAAAAAAGAUAGACUUGGCAGGUCUAUCCAUACUGGCAGGUGUAAUAGCUGCCACUGAUAAGUUUGAUUGCCUUAAUCAGUUUGUGCAGCUUAGGGGCUUGCCUGUAUUUGAUGAGUGGCUGCAGGAGGUUCAUAAGGGGAAGAUUGGUGAUGUUAGCAGUCACAAGGAUAACGAUAAAGCAAUUGAGGAGUUUCUCUUAGUUUUACUUCGUGCUCUUGACAAACUUCCCGUAAAUCUUCAUGCUUUGCAAAUGUGUAACAUAGGAAAGUCUGUGAAUCAUCUGCGUACGCAUAAGAAUUUGGAAAUUCAGAAAAAAGCAAGGAGCCUUGUUGACACGUGGAAGAAACGUGUUGAGGCUGAAAUGGAUGCAAGGUCUGGCUCUAAUCAGGCUGUAUCAUGGGCAACAAGAUCACGUCUUCCUGAGAUCUCUCAUGGUGUGAACAAACAUUCUGGUUCUGGUGCAUCUGCAGAGCUUGCAAUCAAAAGUCCGGCUAUCCAACUUUCUGCCUUAAAAAAUACUCCAGUGAAGGUGGUCCAGAUUGAGACUAUGUCCAAAUCUGUUGUCUCUCCAGGAUCAGUGAAACAAGUACAAUCUUCAGUAUCUGUGGCUAACAACUUCAAAGAAGGGCCUGCCCAAAAUACUGCUGGUAGUAGUGCUUCUGACCCUGCUUUGACAGUAACAAGGGAUGAUAAAAGCAGCAGUUCUUGUCAGUCCCAUAACAAUAGUCAAUCUUAUUCCAGUGAUCAUCCCAAAUCUGGCGGAGUUUCUGCUAAGGAUGAUGCAAGGAGUUCUACGGCUGUUUCAAUGACAGCAAAUAAAACCGCUGGGAGUUCUUCUCGGCACCGCAAAGCUGUCAAUGGAUACCAGGGUGCGGCUGUAACUGGUAUCCAAAAGGAGACUGGACCAGGCAGGGGUACUUCCUUUAGAAGUCAAUCCAGUAUGACAUGUGAAAAGGCAGUUGAUGUUCCUGUAUCUGAGAAUCACAAGUUAAUUGUUAAGAUCCCUAAUAGGGGUCGUAGUCCUGCACAAAGUGCAAGCGGAGGAUCUUUUGAAGACCCUUCAGUCAUGAAUAGUAGGGCUUCUUCUCCACUGCGUGAACAGUUUGAUCACAGCAUGAAGGAAAAGAAUAAUGGAUAUCGAAUUAAUUUUAUCUCUGAUGUUAAUAACGAGUCAUGGCAAAGUAAUGAUUUCAAGGAGGUGCUUGCUGGGUCUGAUGAAGGGGGGGUGUCUCCUGCCACUGUCCCUGAUAAAGAGAACUGUAGGAUUGGUGAUGAUGGUAGGAAAUUAGCAGAUGCUUUCAAAGCUGCUUCUUCGUCAUCAGGGAAUGAACAUAAAUCAGGGAAACUGCACGUAGGUUCUUUUAGCUCCAUGAAUGCAUUGAUUGAAAGUUGUGUGAAGUACUCCGAAGUGAAUGCCUCAAUGACCGCUGGAGAUGAUGUUGGAAUGAACCUUCUUGCCAGUGUGGCUGCUGGGGAGAUUUCCAAAUCUGAUAUUGCUUCUCCAAAUCAAUCUCCAGAAAGAAACACCACUGUUGUAGACCAUUCUUGUGCAAGCAAUGACUCUAGAUUGACAUCAUAUCCCGGUGAUGACCUUACUCAAGACAGAAGACAAUGUGUAGAUGGUUUUGAUGAUGCACAUGAGAAGCGGGGUAGUAUUACAGGUAUUUCAGUCCCUAAAGAUGCUGAAGCUAAAAAUAUUUCAUGUUUGAAUGAAGAACCAACAGAGGUGCUUAAUGGACAUUCAAAUUCUUCCAGUGUGGAUGCUCAGCAAAUUGCAGAACCCUGUCUAGAAAGCUGUAUGAAAUCAGAAGAAUCUUUACCAGCCACUUCAGCGACUUUACCCCCUUCAAAUACUUUAGAUAAGACAUCAACUAGUGCAGAAAAUGCAUGGAAGGAAAGGACAGAUAUCAGAGUAAACGCAGAUGACUUGUGCGAUGCAAAAGAAAGGUUACACAAUUGUAUUCGAAGUGAAAAUGAGUCUCAUGUUGCCGGUCUAGAAGGUGGGAAUGGAUUUAUUGAAGGAUCUUGCUCAUCAAUGGCAAUAGAUAGUGAGAACAAUAGAAAUAUGAAUGAAGAGUUGAAGAUUCCCGCGCAAGCAGAGCAAAAACCUCCUGUAAUGACACACUCUGCUUUUGCUAGAGGAACUGUCGGGGAUGUGUUAACUCCUGCUUCUAGAAAAGAUAAGGUGUCUGAAGUCGUUGGUAGUGAGAUGAAAUCUGAUAAGGCUGAUGAAAUAGAUGGCAAGAGUCGGCCUACUGAAAAGGGUAGUAUUGCUGCGGAUUGUAAUGUUGGUUCAGCUGUUAUUGAAGAUAGUGCUGAGUCUCUGGAAGAGAGUCUAGAUGGAAAUCAGUCUGAAAAACAACAUAGCAGUGGCCUGGCUGUUCCUAAAGCUUUCUCAGUCCUUGUUCCUGAGUCAGAGCAGGAAAUAAGGUCUAAAGGUCUUAAGUUGCCUGGCAAUCCCACUGAUGAAGCUGAAGAAAGUACAUCUGGUGCUGGUGCGGCAGGAGGAUCAGCUAUUGAAGCAAAAAUGGAUUUUGACCUUAAUGAAGCUGAUGACGGGAGAGACGGGGAUCCAAGUAACUCAAGAGCCCCUGAAUCUUCUACUACUACUCAACUGAUUAGUCUUUCGCAUAUACCUGUGUCUUCUGCUUCUGUUGCCUUACCUACUUCAAUCACUGUGGCUUCUGCUGCAAAAAGGCCAUUUGUUCCUCCGGAGGACUUGUUGAAGAACAGGGGGGAGCUUGGUUGGAAGGGAUCAGCAGCCACAAGUGCCUUCCGCCCAGCCGAACCUAGAAAAGUUUUGGAGAUAUCUGUAGGUACCAGCAAUAGCCCUCUCUCUGGUGCAGCAGCUGCUAAGCCUGGUCGCUCUCCAUUGGAUUUUGACUUGAAUAUUCCAGACGAAAGAAUCCUCGAUGAUUCGGCUUCUCGAGGAUCUGUUUCUGUAGCUGACCUGUCUAAUAAUCUUAAUCUGCAAUAUGAUCAAUCAGUGAUUUCUACAGCUGCACGUAGCUCGGGGGGACUCGAUCUUGAUUUGAAUAGAGUGGAGGGGCCAUAUGAUAUGCUUAAUCACUUAACAAGUAACAGUCUUAGAAUAGAUGCACAUCUUCAGGGAGUUAAAUCAUCUUCAGUGCCUGUUCCUAAUGGAGAGUCAACUGUCCGCAGAGACUUUGACUUGAAUGAUGGGCCCCUUGUGGAUGAGGCAAAGGCUGAACUAUCUCCAUUUGGCCAGCACACCAGGAAUAGUAUGCUUUCCCAGCCAUCUAUAUCUGGCCUUCGGUUAAACAAUGCAGAGAUGGGGAAUUUCUCGUCAUGGUUUUCUCAAGUGAAUUCUUAUCCAGCUGUUGCUUUUCAAUCUAUCUUGCCGGAAAGAGGAGAGCAUCCUUUCCCAAUGGUUACACCUGGUGGGCCUCAGCGAAUUUUGGCUCCUACAGGAAGCACCCAAUUCAAUACUGACCUCUACAGAGGGCCAGUGCUGUCAUCAGCACCUGCAGUACCCUUUCCAGGCUCGCCAUAUCAAUAUCCUGUCUUUCCUUUUGGGACCAACUUUCCUCUACCGGCAGCUACAUUUUCAGGUGGCUCGUCAACAUAUGUGGAUUCAUCAUCUGGUGGGAGACUUUGCUUUCCUGCAGUGCAUUCUCAAGUAUUAGCGCCUGCUGGUGCAGUUCCAUCCCAGUAUACAAGGCCUUUCGUUGUUAGCUUUCCAGAUAGUAAUAAUAAUGCCGGAACAGAAAGUAGUAGAAAAUGGGGGAGGCAAGGUCUAGAUCUCAAUGCUGGGCCUCUAGGUCUAGACAUGGAAGGGAGAGAUGAGACUCCGUCUAUAGUGGCAAGGCAAUUGUCUGUUGCCAAUUCGCUGGGCCUUGCAAAUGAGCAGGCAAGGAUAUAUCAAGUGGCAGGUGGUGGCAUUUCUAAGAGGAAAGAGCCAGAGAAUGGGUGGGAAGGUUAUAAGCAACCAUCAUGGCGAUAGAGAUGCUUAAUGGUGCAAACUAGUGAUCUAUCAACCUACUUUUUCGGGUCUCUUGGGAUAAUGCUUGCUAACUCUGAGAGGCUGUCAUCUCACUCGUGCUCUUCAGUGGAUGGGUGGUAAGUGAGUUAUUUGAUGUCAUUCAGCAUCUGGAACCCAGCCUUAGAGGACUAGGAAUUGUAUUUAAAAGGAAUCUGUUUGGGGUCUGCAAGCUUGAAUUUGUGCUGGGUGCCUGCUGUUCACUUCCCCCUCUGUAGAUAUGUUAACUGUCAGAAAUGCAGUUUGUGUUUCCCAGCAGCGCAGAAUUGGUGCCCAUUCCUGGGUUUAGUGCAACAAAUUUUUUUCAUACUUUGGACCCAGAACGUUUCUGAGGAUUAAGGAUGGGUUAGCGAACUGCUUAGAACAGAAGUCAUUUUGUAUGUGCUUUGAUGUUAAUUUAUCUGUUUUUCAUUUUUGCUCCUCCCAUCUUUCCUUUAGUCACAUAUAUAUAAAAUAGCAAGCAGCUGGACAUGUAGGACGAUUCAAAUGGCAGGUGAUAUCUGCUUUAGAGUUUUAAAUUGUAUCUCGAUAAAUUGAAGGUUAGUUCCUGUCAACUUAAUUUUGGAGCAUUCUUGUUUUUUUAUACCCAAAAUGCCGAUGAUUAUUCACGAUA